AUGGAACGUACCAACUAUGACCUGUGUGGGGCUAAUGGCACUACCAUCCACACAUACGGAUGGCUGCCUCUCAGCCUCAACUUGGGCCUACGCCGAGAGUUCGCGUGGCGCUUCGUGGUGGCCGACGUCCCGCCUCCUAUCAUCGGCGUCGACUUCCUGUCCCAUUUCGUUUCCCUGGUGGACUGUCGAAACAACCCCAUCCUGGACGGGGUCACGACGCUGUCAGUCCCGGGCUCAGCGGCCAACGCACUGAUCCCCAGUGUGAAGACAAUCAGCAGCAACACACCGAUCGACAGCCCCCUCACAGAUUUCCUUGACCUGACCCGCCCAGCUUUAGUCCAGCGCGUGAUACGACACAACACCGUCCAAUAUAUCAGGACUGUACCUGGCCCACCAGUAACCUGCCGACCACGGCGACUGGCACCGGAGCGACUCGCUAUCACAAAAGCCGAGUUCGACGCCAUGUUGCGGGAUGGUACAGCUCGUCGAUCAAAGAGUUCAUGGGCCUCUGCACUACACAUUGUACCAAAGAAGGACAACGGUUGGCUUCCGUGUGGCGACUACAGAGCUUUAAACCCCCGGACAAUCCCCGACCGCUACCCCGUCCGGCAUAUCCACGACUACUCCCACUAG